UUUUGCGCGAGCUGGUGACGGAAGCAGGUCGGUUGCGACUGCGUGGAUCCGAUGUGUUGCAUCGAGAGUUCGUCGAGCGCUCGAUGAUUUCCUGAGAGGAUAAGUCCUUGUCAUCGCUGCCGCCGUCUUCUCGAUUCGUGUGAUUAUGCUCGAGAGCGCGCGAUUGUUUGGCUUGGAGAUUAUGGACGUCGACAAAUGUGCGGAAGCCGACGAUGGGAUUGAGACCUAGCGUUCGAGCUUGUCCUCGUCUCCUCCUCCUCCCUCCUGCUGCGCGGUCUUCACGGGACCGGACUGCGAUUCCCGCUUCGUAGCGGGUUCUUCUGUUCUCGUAGCCCAAGCCCAAGGCAAUGCCGAAACAGAAGCCUGUUAAAUACACCAGUUUUCCGCGAGGAGUCCUUCGGUUAGGUGUUGGUUGCGCUAGAGGAAUCAGGGGAGACGAGCUUCUUGGACUAGGACGUAGUGACCCCUAUGCGAAAAUAACAUUUGGCUCACAGGAAAACCCUCUAGAAUGUACUACUAAAACCGACAAAAAUGCGGGAUCAAAUCCUUACUGGGGGGAGUGGUUCACUAUGCCAAUCACAGUACCGAACGUUGUGGAGAAUAACAAUCUCGUUGUACAGAUCUACAACGAAAAUCACUUGAGGUCCGACAAUCAGAUUGGAUAUUCCCGUAUCCACAACCUGGGAGAAUUAGUAAUGGGCUGUGAAAAGUAUUCUACUGGGGAGGUGUGGCAUAUAGUCUACGAUCCUGGCACACAGCUACCAAGAGGAGAGAUUAUGCUAUCCUUCCGCUUCGAGCCAAUGGGGGAUGUAGAAUUUGAAAAGUGGGUCAAUGAUCAAGUUACAGCUCUUACAUUUCAACAGCCACCGACCCAGAUUCGCGGAGCUCAGUCAGAUUGAAGGCCCCUUGUCGCGAGGCAACGAAUACCGAUAUGUAAAGAAUACGAAGGUGAAUAUUGAGAUGUGAGCCACAGCCAAACCUGAAUCGCUGAAGAGUUGUCUGUCAGAGAUGCUCUUGUUGCAUCAGGUUGAAAAGAAGGACCUGUGAGUGGUCGUCGGCAUUUUUCUGCCGGUCUAACUGGUUCAGUAGCACACCCGUUAUUAGCACUGAGGACAGCGUUGUAGCGAUCACUAUCUUCUAGAUACAGAUAAUCGAAAUUGUUGAUUUGACGGAUCGAGCGUGCACAUAUUUCAAAUGUUGGAAAUUGAGUAUGCCAAGGCUAUAGAACCAAAUGUUGGCCUUUACUGAAAAUCCAUCGUUCAGCCCAAUAAUGAAGCAUGGCAUGCAGGAAGACAGUUCACUUCUACCCCAUGUACCACAUGUUCUUCCGUGUACAUUCUUUCAAUAGUUUUGGGUCAAUACGAUGUGAUUUACGAGGAAGGAGCUUUUUGAAAUAGAGAUCGGAGAAGAGGAUGG